AUGUCGUCGAAUCGUUUUGUUCCUGUUCCACUUAAUCGAUGGGAAACCGGACUGUGUUGGCUAGUUUGGAUAUUUCACUCUCUGGCCGCUUUUGUAAUCGCGUUCAAUGUAAGCCAAGGUCACCUCAAGCCAUGGAUUCAACAUUGGCUCACCAAGAGCGGGUAUUAUGUCAACGACACCGACAUGGAUCUGUCGGACACAGAAUGGCAACAUUUCCGAAAUACAGUUGGCCAUGUGGUUGUCAGUCACUUCGCCCACAGCCUAUUGUUCUUUCUGGCAACUCGAAUACCGUAUCCGAACUGUGUCAAACUAAGUCUUAUCGUUAUAGGAAUUCUAGCCCACAUAUACAUGACAAGCCUCCGGUGCAUUCUGAUACUCAGUGCAUUCGCAGUAGUGGUGACAUUCCUGUCCGCUAUUACUCGAAAUAUCGCCAUUCCGUGGAUUAUGUGUGUAUCUUUCAUACUGAAAGGCACUGAAAUGCUUCCUUUCACAUGGGAGAACUAUACGUUUUAUCAAGAAUUCAACGUUUACCUUUAUGGAGCAGUAAAAGUUUUGAACUUUUCACUAUAUCUGUGCAAGAACAAAGACAAGGAAUAUAGGGAAGUAUUGGUGGAUCACUUGCUCUAUAUGGCAUAUCUACCGUACUCAAUGACGAUAAUAGUGCUUUACGAGGAUUUCUCCUCCCAAAUACAGCGUCGAUUAACUCACGGAGCUGCAGCCUGCACUGAUCUCAGAUUCGUCUGCUUUUUCGCCGUUCGAUUAUGCUUCUGGUAUUUUGUUUUCGAGUUCAUACUUCAUUUUAUUCAUGUCCAUUCACUCUACAACUCUCCAGUCGAUGUCAUCGACCGUCUGAACAACUAUGAAUUGGCCGCAGUCUCGUAUGUGACUGGUAAGCUAUUUUUCGUGAAGUACGUGGUGCUAUUCGGUCUUCCAUCCUUAUUCGCUUAUCUCGACGGAAUGCGGCCCCCACCUCCACCUAUAUGCAUUUCUCGAGUAUCGAGGUACUCACGUAUGUGGCGGCACUUUGACGCAGGACUUUACCAAUUCCUUAAGAAUCAGGUGUACAUACCUCUUAUGACAACUUUUUCACCUGGUAGCACUUUGCACAUCAUCAUUUUAAAUUUAUCCGCACUAUUCGCUGUCUUCGGAGUUGUUCUCGCUUGGCAUGGCACCAGAACUCAUUAUAUUUGUUGGGUUUCUUUAUCUGCUGCCGAGCUAAUCAUAGAAAAGAUUGGGAAAGCAAUAUGGGGUACUAAACAGUUCCAAGAAUUACGGCGAAACAUCGGAGAUAGAAAUAUAAGACGCUUGAUAGCUCUAUCAAUGCUGGCAACUGUUAUACCUGGGAUCUUUGGUGUAUUCUUUUUCCUUGGCUCGGAAGGCACAGGAUCAGUUGUAUUUCAAGAAAUCCUAAUCAACGGAAUAAAAGAUGUUCUCCACGGAAACGUGGUUGUCAGUAGGAAAAUCAGAAAAGCGGAAAGCGCUGGUGGUUACGUAAAGUUCCUCGAGUUUGUGAAGCCGUUUUGCGGCUUUGUGCCGGAGGUAUCGAAACCGGAAAGGAAGAUACAGUUCCGUGAGAAAAUGCUAUGGACUGCCAUCACACUUUUCGUGUUCUUAGUCUGCUGUCAAAUCCCACUUUUCGAAAGUCUGGCGAUGGCGGAAGGAAACCGCGCUUAUCCCCAGAGCCUUUUUAGAAGCUUCCAUUUACCGGCUGAAUUACAUAGUUCUCUAUUUGAUCUUUUUCCAGGUAUUAUGUCCACUGAUUCUGCUGAUCCGUUCUACUGGCUACGAGUUAUUUUGGCUUCCAAUCGAGGUACAUUGAUGGAGCUAGGAAUUUCACCCAUCGUAACAUCUGGUUUGAUCAUGCAAUUGCUGGCUGGUGCGAAAAUCAUCGAAGUUGGAGAUACGCCGAAGGAUCGAGCCCUCUUCAAUGGAGCCCAAAAAUUGUUCGGUAUGGUGAUCACCGUUGGACAGGCAAUUGUUUACGUGAUGUCUGGACUGUAUGGAGAUCCUGCUGAAAUUGGUGCCGGAAUUUGCUUGCUUAUUGUC